AUGGCUACGAAGAAGAGAAAAUCAGAAAUAGAAGAUUUAAGGGAUGAGACCUUAACGGAGAUUCUUGUGCGAUUACCAGUGAAAUCAGGCCAUCAAUGUAAGCUGGUCUCGAAGCGGUGGCUCGGCUUGACUUCAAGUAAAAGCUUUGCCCUUUGCCAUCGAAAACGGCAUGUGAAUCAUACAAUUGAUGAUGAAUAUAAUCAUAUACUACUUGCCAACUAUAUGAUCAAUGCUCCUUCUAAUCCUUGUCCACUGGUUCGAGAGGUCCACGCCUUACCUAAGAACCAGAACCAGCCCUUAGUAUCCUUAGAUUUCCUCAAUCAACAAUGGCCUAUGAACUUGGUGCUGUUGGUUUCUAAUGAUUUACUCUUGACAGUGUCGUUGCCGUCGAAUCUUGGUGUUGGUGGUGGUCCUUCCUUACAUCUACACGUAUCGAACCCCUUAACGAAGCAAUCUUACAGGCUCCCUCAACCUCCACCUUGUUUCUUUGAUGAUAAUCAAAGAAAUCCUCUUAUUGACUUCACAGGCAUCAUAUGUAGCGUUGACGAUCCCACCCAAUACAAAGUGGUCCUUGUAAAGAACUCGCCGCGCCUAAUUAGGCGUGGAUGCAACAUUGUGAGAAGCAGUGAGAUUUUAGAUAUCUACGUCUUCUCUUCCGAUACUGGCGGUUGGUGUAAUUUUGUUGUGCCUAGUCCACCAAACUUUUUGGCGGUGUCGAAAGCAGAUGAAGCGGAUGGUCAAUAUGCCACCACUUUGGAUGGGGCGCUUUAUUGGUGCACCAACAUGAUCAUGGUAUAUAAUCCAUUCGACAGGGACAACCCAGACUUUAUUGAUCUUCCACAGGAAGCAAAAAUCGAUGAGAUGUAUGUUGAACAACGAAGUUUAUGCAUAGAAAACGUUGAACAACACCUGCGGCUUUAUCAUUGGCACGACAUCACUGCUUCUACUCAAACAGUCACCGUGUGGGAUUUGAAGGACUACUCGAAUGGCCAUGCUACUUGGAAUAUAAAGCAUUUUGUGGAUCUCACAAGUAUUAAUUGGCAAAGUGCUGAUGUGCGUAUGUCUAUCAAAGGUUUCGAUCCUUUCAACGGAGAUGUGUUGUACGUUUAUUCUGAAGAUCAUUGUCUAAUGGCUGUGAAUCUAAGAAGUAAGACGGUGCAACUAGUCUCGGAUUUCAACUCCUCCGUAUUUUCUCCGAUCCCAUCCUUCAGAUUGUUUCCUUAUCGUCCACCUCUCUGGCCAACCCCCAUCACCAACACAGCGGUUGCUAAAGAUGAUCAUCAAGAUACCUGA